CUACUUCACCACGAAAGGUCACACUAUGUAGCUUCAACCAAAAAAUGUGUUUUAUUUAUCAAUAUCAAGAAUACCGUGUAUUGAAUUUCACACAAGUUUUUUAUAAUCUACGUAAGUGGAAAACAACUUAGUGAUUGAAAUAUGUAAGGGGGGAAACUCUAUAUUAUUAUCACAAUCACCUGAUUUCGAGUUUUGAAAGACGUUUUUGUACUGAAAGUUACAGCAUCAAACAAGUGCCGGUGGAAACGAAGCUGUAUCACAUUUGUAUUGGUAUUAUUUUUGAUAACAAGGUCGUUAUAGAGAAACAUGGCCGCUCCACCAUUAGGUCGAUAUAAAAUAGGACCAAUAACAGAGAAAGACACACUGAUUGAGUAUGCCAUGACACCAAGAAAUACGGUAAAAACCUUUCAAGUAGGAGAUGCUAUUCAACAUUUAGCACCAGGAUCAGAGGAAAGCAGUUUAUUACCCGACCUCCGGGAGGUCUUGCCACUUAUACAGAAGAUGCCGGUUUAUGAGGACGAUGUAUUUAUAAUUGCACAUGCUAAAACAGGAACUCAUUGGACAUGGGAGAUCGUUAACAUGCUAAUGAAAGGUUCAACAGAAUACGAGAAAAUGUCAAAAGCAAGAAGACAGCUAGAGUUUCAUUCCCCUGACGAAUUCAAAGACAUGCAGAGACCUCGUGUCUUCAAUUCGCAUCUCCUUUUACAUCAUAUUCCUAAGCAAGCUAUUGAAAAGAAGUGUAAAGUUAUUGUGGUUCAGAGAAACCCAAAAGAUACAGUUGUGUCUCUGUUUUACCACAUGAAGGCUUUUGGGUCGUUUGAUGCUGAAACUACAUUUAGUGAAUUCCUGUCAUCAUGGUUGAAGCUAGAAACAGACACAAACCACAACUGGUUUUAUUAUACCAAGAAACUACAAGAAAUGUUAUAUGACCAAACCGAUUUACCAAUACACAACGUGUACUACGAAGAUAUGAAAUCUAACCCAGUUGAUGAAGUGAAGAAAAUCGUAGAGUAUUUAGGUAUUAACAGAGCUGACGACUUUAUACAUCAAGUUGUGGAUAAAUGUUGCUUUGAUAAUCUAAAGAAAGCUGAUAACACCAAAGUAGCUGCUCUUGAAGGAGUUCCGAAGCAAGCAUUUUCAUUUAUGUAUAGAAAAGGUGAAGUUGGAGAUUGGAAGAACCAUUUUACUGUCGCAGAAAAUGAAGAAUUUGACAGAAUUUACAAUGAAAGAAUGAAAGACAUUAAGUUCACUUACAAAUAUACAUUAUAAACAGUCGAUUAGUCAAUACAACAUUCUCACAUCGUUCUAAAUGUUUUGUUUUAACUUUUUUAAGUCAAUGCAGUGAAAUUUUGAACAAGUAUUGUUUCAUACAAUAAACCAAAGAAAAGAC